ACCAUACUCUGGUUGCUUUUUCUGCUUCAAGCAGUUUACGCGGGAAAAAUUACCCCGGAAGAGAAUUCGAAGCUGAAGGAAAGGUGCAAUGGCAAGGGGACAGUGCAACCCAACAAAUAUAAACGAUUACCAGUCGCCCAAUCGAAUUAUCCAUUUGCGGUUGCAUUGUCCAAGAUUACAGGAACCAGAUAUGAUUACAUUCGCCGAGAACAUCAGACAAACGCGUGUAAACAAGGAUUACGUAUACAAGAAAGAACCGCCCAGAACGUUGGUGUUUCUCCAAAGCUGCAACUACUUUAGGUGCUGGAGGGGUCAACGAGUUCGUAAAGUGGCAUCUGUACAUGUGCCUCAAGAGUAUAAGAACGUAAACGAAGCAUGCAGGAAUUCCACUUCUUAUGACAUUGCUGUAAUAGAGCUUCAGCAGAAUGCAGAUUCUAAACCAAUUUGUAUGCCCCAAAAAAACGAUGCUGUUCCUCAAAAGGUCAAAUCUAUUGGGCAUGGAAAUUAUGAAGGUGAUGAUUCCAUACAAGCCGUGACUUUCGUCAAAACAUCCGAAGAACCUGAGAAUAACGCUAUCGUGGCCUACACUGAGUAUAAGAAUGAAGCCAUUAUUGGUGGAGACAGUGGUGGACCACUAGUUCACGAACAGGAUGGCAAACACUAUCUUCUUGGUAUAUCGUCGUCAUCUAAUGAUUUAACUCCUGAAAUGAGGAUUGGAAUGGAUUACAUAGAAGUGGGACCUGCAACAGUAUCAAGCAGGUUUGUCGAUGUGCGAAAGCAUCUAGGUUGGAUAUGCGACAUAACAGGAGUUUGUGAAGAUGGAGAUGGAGAUUUCGAAGAGCAGGAGCCACCAUCCUUCGCAGGGCUUGAAUGAUCAUUCCGGCUUUGUCGACAUUCGCGAAGAAUGAAAAAUGGACGAGAAUUGUGAACAAAUAACAUUGUCCGUUGCCCAUAAAAGUUUUUGCA